UAGCUGAAGUUAAUAUGUCACUUGUUGAACGCUCGUGGGAAAUUAGUGUUGCCUUAAUAUCUGCAAUUGUGUAUUUAUUUCUGUCAAUAUCUGUCAACCAUCUAUCUAUCUCGUGUAGUUACGGCUAGUGUUUCAUCGUUUUAAAGAAAUCAUAGCUGAAUGUUAUGAUAGAAGAAGCAGUGGUUCGGAGUGUUCAAUACUACAUACCAGUGCAGUGUAGUAAAUACGUUAUCUGUGUACAGUGCAACAAUUUCAACGUUUUCAUUGACGUUUUUACAAGUGAAUGUUAUUGUCUUAAUUCAUAAAACACCGAUUUGGAUUCAAAAUCGGAAUACUUUAUGUGUUACUCAAGGAUAUACCCAGGGUUGUUCUAAACACCGUCCAUAGGUCCCAGGUUCGUGACUGACCAUGGCCGGGCGGCCCCGAGGUCCGCUUGGGAGAAUCCUCACCCUUGUACUGCUCGGCAUUUCCUGUGUAUAUGGGGAGAUUCGCUGUUACUGCAACGAAGGCAAAUGCGUCACCUCCAGCUAUAUGUGCAAGUCCCAGCUCGGAAUGUGCUUUACCCACACGAAGGUCAAAGACGGGGUAAAAUCCAUCGUUUCCGGUUGCGCCGAUUCGCUUCAGGAGGAGCCGCGUAUGAGGACGUGCGUUGGGAGCGGCAUCGUGGAAGCGGCUGGAAAUGAGACCCAAGGCGACGACGGGGGACCGGAAAUCGAGCUUCACGACGCUGAUAAAGUCGAGAGACAGGACGCCGUUUCCGGCGACACCGACGCGCAAUCUGACGCGCCGGAAGUCGGUCUCACGUGCUGUACGCUUGACAUGUGCAACUAUCGAGACAGUAACGAGAUCACGAUAACGAUAGGAUCUAACCCGAACGACAAAGGAGGAGGUAGCGUCUCAUCGCGGCGAACGGAGACCGGAAGUAAGACACCCAAGGAUCUCUGGUUCAAGGCUGCCGUGAUUGCCGUCCCUAUUGCCGGUGGCUUCAUCCUGAUCCUGCUGGUGCUUCUCGCAGUGCGCAUGCUCAGAACCGACUCCCGGCAACACAAGCGGCUGAUCCAAAUCCGGCGGGAGCGGAGUCUCAACAAAGCGCAGCUUUACGUCGCGGAUCAUUUUAUCGAUCGAGAAAAAGAGAAACACCUGUUAGAAUCGGCCCCGGAUGUUCGGUGUGAUAGCAACCCCCCAUGUGAUACUAACUCUAAACUGACCAAUGGGCACGCGGUCAGUGACGGUCAAGGGAACGCUCGGACCGCCGCGGUUCAUAGUCACAGCAGUGCCAAACGAGAACAAACUCAUAGCCAUUCCUCGCAGACGACAUCGAAAAGCCAUCGAAGUCAUCAUCAUCAUCAUAGAGACCAUAGUCAUCAACAUUAUAAACAAUGCAGCCCGAAGUUAACAACGCAUAAAGACGGGCAUACGUAUGAACAGAUUGUGUCGCCCAGUAUCGACACGAGUCCGUGCGAACAAAAUUCCGGAGAUAUUCGGACUUCUCCGUGUUCUUCCGUGAUAAUGUUCGGCAAGUCUAACGAAGCCGACAUGGGUGGAGUAGGGUGCUCGAAAUUAGGAUAGUUGUGUACAUGUGGAAACUUUAAAGGUCGCAAUCUAAAUGGUGCAUAUUAUUUGAAAAAAAGAUUGAAAAAAAGAAAACACGUGAUUUGGAUAGUGUCGACUGCCGUAUUUAUUGCUGAUUGGAGGACAGAAUCUUAUAUUCCCCAAAAUAACCUUUGCACAUUUCUUUGUUUCGCAAGUGGUUGUCGCCACUCUAAAAACAGUUACACUUUGAGUAUGUGAACAUUCGAGUCGGGCAUAGUCUGGUCGUUUGAAAUAUUGUUCGUUUUUAAACGCGAGUUCAAACGUGUUGAUACCUUCAUUAUGUGAACAAAAGCACAUGUAUACGAUUGUUCUAUCUUCAUCGCACGAUGUGUUAUUAUAUGAGAUGCGCUCUGAGAAAAUGGGGUUUAAUGAAUGUGCGUAAAGUGUCGUCCCAGAUAAACCUUUGCAGUAAUCACUGGCUAAUCAGGGACGACAUUUUCCGCGUGUAUUGUCAUUUUUGUUUAAAUGAAGACUCUUCUGACAAAAAUCCAGUUUAGGUGGAAAGUGUCGUCCCGGGGACCACACAUUACGACAUGCAUUAAACCCCCUUUACACAGAGCGCGACUCAUAUGCAUAUGUCAUCUUUGUGAACAUUUUGUAAUUAUAUAAUUGUGAUGUUGGUACUAACAUAUUUACUAUGCAGAACUGAAGUUAAGAUAGGAACGUGGACCCGUAUUCAAAAACAUCAGAUAGAAUUGUCUUUGUCAAAACUUUCAAUAUUUCAUUUUGAAAACGGCAAUGCAUUAUUAUUCAUUGUUUAUCCUAUGUAAUUUUAUGUUCAUAAACAUGACUUAUUAUUAAAUCAUCAAGAAAAUUCGUCACUAACACAAAUGACUUGAGACUUGAACAUUUUUCUUACAAUAGCUAAGAUGUUUUUAAAUACUUGAUCCAAACCUUGAUAUGUACUGACCACAAUUUCUCAUCACAUACAGUCGUCAGCAUUAUACAAAUGUAUGUUGUUGUUGUUCGUGCGGACGUGCGCACGGACGUCUCUGCUUUCUAGUCUUUAUGCUCGUGUGUUACAUACCCCGGUCCCACUCCAUAUACUUGCUCGAGACGGUGGAACAAUGUUCGACUCAUUGCUCUAAUUAAUAGCGUAAAAAGACAUACAAUAGUUGUGAAAUUGCGAACUAUAAAUUUACUAUUUAUUUUUAAAAAAUGACAGGUUUAUAUUUUUGUCGCUAUGUGUUUCCUUCCCAAAUCCUUUAUUCAUUGAAGAGUUGGUAUUUUGAUAAAUCAAUUAAUUCGUUCCUUUGUCUAAUUGUUCUUUUCCUGUUUUACUUUCAUGACCUCAGCACUGGCUCUACCCUGAAAAUGGACUCGAAGUUGUCUCAGUUUAUAUUGUAUUGGCAAUUAUAAUCAAUAAAUGUAGUUGUAAUUAUCUUAACAACGUUAUCAGUCCAAAUUAAUAGUGUUUGGUUGUAAUAUUUUCAAAGAAAAGACAAUCAACUCAAUCAGAUUAUUUACCUAAUUGUAGUAGUUGUUUGGGUAAAUACAUUUCUAAUUAUAUUAAUUUAGUACAAAACUGUUAUGGAAUGCAACGCAAUAUGAAUGCUAUGCAAAUGAUUUUUUUUAAUCACUUUCGAAAUAAGUCAAACUUGAGCGGGUGGGGUAUUUAAUGAUGUUUGAUUCAUGUCAUAUGCCAGGGCGUGGUACAGAUUCGAUAAAAUCGAUUUGUUGACAUAUGUGUUUUAUAUAUGAACGUUGUAAAUGUUAUCAUGUACUAUGUUAAUAUAUUUAUUUCUAUGACAAUGAAUAAAAUGUUAUUUCUUA